GAUUAUUCUCUUAAUGUAUAUUGUUUUGAGAUCCUCCAAUGGUAGCCACUGGGCUAGAUGCCAAGGACUCAUGACUUGAUAAGGUAUUUUCUUGCCCCACCGCUACCUUGCACACUCCCGAGGAGCUAUUCUAGAGGAAAGGGAUAGAUCUUCAAAGGUGCUUCUAUGAGCGGCGGCUAGGAGCCGGGAUGUAGCCAUGCUUACUUAGUCUGUGGACAGGGCACAUUAGCAGACAAAAAAGAGUGGACCGGGUGCAAUGCUGAAGUUAUUAAACGCCAUAAUCAUGAAACACCAUAAUUUUGGAAGUCCAUAAUGGAAUAGAGCUCACUAUCCUGGGCUUGGAGGUGAAUGAAUGGAGAUGAGAGGUACAAGGUCCAUAGGCGAAAGUUAGUUAAUUACAUGCGUCUCCCAGUGGUGCAGACUUUCCGUCCACAGGAGCUUCUGGUCAACCUGAGAGGGGACUGGGGAUGGCAGGGCUCGGCACCCAGGUGCUCACGGAUGGGCUGUGAGAGAUCACCAUGCAGCAGCAGCUGGAAGCGGCCAAGGUUUUCCAGUGUCAGGAGCCAGAAUGUGAACAUGGCCACGCCUCCACCCUCCCUGCCAGCCGAUUCCUACCCUGCAUUGCUCAAGGCCAUCAGGCAUCCGGACGCACAGAGAAACACACUAAAUACAGGGAACCCUGCCCUCACAUCUACACCCAAAGAAUCCAAGAGUGGAGUUAUCAACUAAGUAGAAUGCUCAAGCAAGGCCAAUAACCACUGUUCCUGCAGAGGGGGCUCCUUAGCACAACGCGGGUUCUGGAUGCUAGUUUUCUUAGGAGCAGGUUGGAGACUCCUCCCUUCUCUCCUUAGAGCUCCUCACAUGCCCAUUAAGUGAAAGCAAAAUCAGGCGGCUGGUCUUGCAAAGCUGAGUGCGGUCCUUUCACCCAGAAGAACAGCAUACGAGUGGUUCUUGUUUGAGCCUUUGGCAGAAGCAGCCACCUUCAGGCCCUUGUAUCCUUGAGUGCUGGUCUUCAGGCUUCCCUCUGCCAUGGCCCCCAGCCCCCAGUUCUCUUGCAUCGAAUUUUGCCGACUUACACUUUGCUUUUCUGUCAGCGCAAAGGUCACUGCCCCUUUUCAUUUUCAUGACAUUCAGACCUAUGUUUGUUGUCUUUACGCCCGCACAACUGUCAAGUUUUGCUUUCUAGGAAGGUUGAAAUGAGAAACAAAAACCUCUCGAGUCUUGAACAUUAGAGAGAAAAACCGUGCAGCCCAUUUCCUUGCUUUCACUUCCCUUUGUGUUAACCUCAGGAUGACGUAGAACAUACAUACUGGAGAAGCAGGAAGACAAACCUCGCCCAUAGGCCAGUGCCUGAAAAGAAAGGUAUAACAUUUUUACGUGAAAAAUCACAAAUGGGUAAGGAGAAGAAGGCUAUUUCUCCCCGACUUACUAGUCUAUCCCUCACCCGCCCCCCUGCAUUCUCAGCAUGAGAGAGAUGAACAAAAAGGAAACGCCAUAGAAUCCUGCAGACUGAAUGAACAACGGAAGUUCACUAUUUCCUGUAAUACUAGCUUCUACCAGGAGAUGUCACCAUUGAGCGCAACACGUUUCUGGUGAUUUCAGUAAGAGACUGAACCAUAAAAGCUGCAGUGGCAACGUCCAAAGCAGGUGCUUACUAAAAGGUGAAAUUGUUGGCAGAAAGAGUAAGGGAGCCCCAGAUAAAGAAAGACAAGAUACAGCUUUCAGGACACAAGAGAAAUCGUAUCAGGCCCCAGCGAUUUUUCCGAUUUUCCGUGAACUCGGCCCCGCUGGUUCUACUUCCCCAAGCACCCUUCCAGGGAGGUGUCAGAAUGGCAAAGGAAUGGGAAAACCUCAGUAGUUAACGCACUUUAAGGGAACAAAGGGAGUGCGAAAAUAGUCUCUACCCGGCGGCGUGGAAAUAACCGUAUCAGAAGACCUAAAUCCGGGGUACAACUCCUAGCGCUGUCUCAAAAGUAAGCAAGACCCUGUUUUCCUCACCCGACAUAAGGAGUCCAAGACCCCAUCCAGUUUAUACUGGUUCUCUGAGCUUGCCUGUAGUCCCUUCCCCUAUCUGACCUUCACCUCUGCUUCAUUAUAAUGUUAAAGUCCCCGUCCCAGGAGGAUCACGAGCUUCAUUAACGUAACACCCGAUGCCUGCAUAGGUAGGUUUUCUAAGUCAACCCCCCCCUUUACACGUGAUGACAAAGCUCCCCUAAACAUUCAUCAUAAACCUUAAAUAAAAAGCACCCGCUCACCCCUGCUGGGGAGUCACGGCUUUGGAAGUGUUUCUCCUUACUUGAUGCAAAUAUAGUUCCUGUGUGUGACAUCCCCACCUGGUGUAGUCUAGCUGGAACUCACCAAGGAGCAGACUCACCUUAGUUGGGUUACAAAAUGAUUACAACUGGGUCACUCCCCUACUUACUUAGACAAAACAAACUUUUGCCUUCAGCCUCUGAGAGGGCUGUUGACCCUUUUGAUACGUGGUCAGGAAAGGAAGGGGUCGCCCCUGAGAAUUGGGUCCCUCACACAAACGCUCCAGGGGCAAGGGCAAGGAUCUAGGGGCAUUAACUGUUUUGCUAACAGAGAAACCAGCGCCCCCACAGCAGGGGAAUUCUAAUGUCCUUGGGACAAGGUGAGCCUGCCCUCAGGGAGUGAGUCCAGGACAGCUUGGGUUGACGUCACUCAGUCCCUCCAGAGGAAAACCGUUGCUAGAAGUGAUAACUACCUUGUCCGUAAAGUGUUGCUGGGAAAAUAAGAUCAUCUUGGAAUUACAAUCAUCAUAGCACAAGCACCUUAAAACAACCAGGCUUCCUGCUGGGGGUACUGGGACAGCCUGAGGAGAACUAUAGGCCCCUGGUAAAACAAACAAACAAACAAACAAACAAACAAACAAACAAACUGUGGAGGAAAAUAUAUAUGUUAGUCCUGACUUUGUGGUCCCAGUGAAGCAUAGCCUCAAACCUGACUGAGGUUCCAGAAGGAAGAGGGACAUCAGAGAAGCUCAUUCAUUAAUAACCAUCAACCUCUGCUGUGAUCCAAACGGGAAAUAAAACGUAGUCCUUGGUUCUAAGGAGCUUAAUUGCCAAGGAUGGUCUGGUGAUCCCUAAACAAAUAUAGAAGCCCUAAGGACUGAAGUAUCUAGCCUUCUUGUGUAGAGAGUAAGGAAGAUAAAAAGGAGCUAAAAUUUUGUUCCUAGACAGUUAUAACAAUAAAAGUGAGUGAUUCUCAUUUGACUGAUAAGUAUCCAUUGGGAUGGACACAUGGGAAGUCUCCUGGGAAAAUAAACUUCCUACAAGUAAUCAUUUAGAAUGAUGACAUAUUCUUAGACAACAUGGAGAAUGCAUAAAUGAAAACAAAAUCGGAAGUAAAAGUGGAGGGAAAUGUUCAGACAAUGAAAAUGUCUGCGUUCCCUAUUUAAGAGCCAUGCUUCGAGGCCGUGCUCAGAGAACCUCGGCCCCGAGGUCCCCCAGCCGCCCAGCUCAGCCCGCCCAGCAGCCCCCUCGGCUUCCCCAUGGCCCUCCUGCGCCCUCUGCUGACCGCCCUGGCGCUGCUCACCUGCCGCCCUGGAGGCUCUCUGGGCUGUGCCCUGCCUGGGAGCCACGCGCAGGUUAGCAGGGACAACUUGGUGCUCCUGGGCCAGAUGCGGAGACUGUCCCCUUUCUUGUGCCUGCGGGCCAGAAAAGACUUCCGCUUCCCCCGGGAGAUGCUGGAGGGCGGCCAGCUCCGGGAGGCCCAGGCCGCCGCCGCCGUCCUGCGGGAGCUGCUCCAGCAGACCUUCAACCUGUUGCACACGGAGCGCUCCUCGGCGGCCUGGAGCCCCGCGCCGCUGCACGGACUCCGCUCUGGCCUCCACCGGCAGCUGGAAGCCCUGGACGCCUGCUUGGUGAAUCCUCAGGAAAGGGUAGGAGUGGGGUAAGGAAGAAGAGCCAC